AUGUUACUUGGCCCAGCGUCAUCCACAACACCCACCUCCAGGGGAAUGCCUCCAGGGUUUUUAGAUUUUGCUUCUUCAUCAUUCGAUGCCAUCUUUUAUGAACGUCUCCCUGAGGAUAGUGCAAGGCCAGGCGAAAAACCACCUCCAUCUCGUAAACGGGCAUCUCACUUGCCUGAUUUACUUCCAUUUAUAAAGCUCGUGACAGAGAAAUGCAAGGUACAGCCCGUGUUGCUGGUCAUGGCACUUUUAUACGUGCAACGCUUUCGCAAAGCGUUACCUCCUGAUUACAAGGCAGAACCACAAGCGGCCCAUCGUAUCUUUGCAGCUAGUCUAUUACUUGCCAGCAAAUACAGUGAGGAUGAUCAUUUGUCAACAAGGCAACUUGUGCGUGCCACAGGCGAUGUGUGGUCUGCCAAAGAAAUGACGCGGAUGGAACUAGCGUUUCUACGUUUUCUCCAAUGGGACUUGCAUAUUGAAAUGGAUGAAAUGGAGUCGUUCUUGUGUCACCUUGAUUUCGACAUUGCUCUCAUAUUACCAUCAAAAUCCCGCCAUGCUGCUUCAUGUCCUUGA